AUGUCUUUUGCAUUCCAGGCGUCGCUGCCUUCUGCCUCUCCCCAGGCGGUGGCGCUCCUCCCUCUGCAUGCGGCGCCUGCCGCCGCAGCCGACGCGGCGUACCUGGAAGACUGUCGAAUGGUGCAGGAUUUGCUGCAGCAGCUGCGGCGCUUCUCGUCCUCGAUUCGUCGUCUUAAAGCGGAGAUCAACUCCCUGUCCGUCUCCUCUGCCACCGGCGACAGCCGUCUGGAGGCGGCAGCGAACGACGGGCGUCCGCGCGAAGGGGAGGAACAGGAGCUGCGUCACCGAGGCGAGACGAAGCAGCUUUCUGACGUCUCCUCUGCAUCCGAAACUGCCCUGCAAGGCUCCCGCCUCUCGCGGAAAGACGAGACGUCCUGGCGAGGAGACGCUGGCUACCUCUCCGCGUCCGGCCGGCCUUCCUCCCGCGACUCCUCCCCAGUCUCGUCGACUCCGCCAUCUUCUUCGUCUGCUGCUUCUUCCGUCUCUUCUCCAUCUGCCGCGUCUCUCUCCUCUGCAGUCUCCUCUUCGCUGCUUCUCUUGAGACGGCAAACGGAGCUGAAGGAACACCUCCAUGCUGCGCGCGCCGCCGCCGAGGGCGCCCACAGGCGGCUAAGCCAUAUUGCCAUGCAUGCAGCUGCCGCCGCCUCUCACUCCGAAAAACAACAUCGACAAUUCAUGCACCAGCGCCUGCUCCAAAGUCUCCGCGUCGCAACCAAGCACCUGAAAGAAGCUGCAGAAGAACUGGACUUGCGGUCUGCACUUGCGGCGCCCGCGUCGGGAGACUGCGCGGAGGUGCAGCGACCGGCGAGCAGCCGCGCUUCGCCAUUUCACUCGCAGGACUCGGACGAGAACUUCGAAAUGCAGCGCGAGGGCCUUCUGGAUCUCCUCGCCUCACACGCGCGCAUGCGCCAGGCGGACUCUGCGUCGGCCGCCCUCUCGCGGGGAGGACAUGCAGCUCGCGAGCUCGCGCUGCUUCGCGGCGGGCAGCGGCGAAGAGACUCAGGCGAUCGACGAGACGAGCAUUUAUCUCCCUUCCGCGAGCUCGGCGCAGACGCCGAGGGGGAUCGGACCCAGCAAGGAGCGCGAGCGUCGGGUGGCGAGAGAGACGUCAGAGCAGGAACGCACACACGCCGAAAGUCUUACGGCCUCGAAAGCCGAAAAGGCGCAGCCAUCGCCGCUGCUGCAGGCGUCAUAGCUUCGCCUCCGUCCGAAGAAGAACCAGACAGUGGAGAGAAAAGAGAGAGGAGAGAGAGAAGAAAGAGAGAACUGGAGUGUGCUCAGAAGCGACCCAGUCGAGAGCAACGAGGCGAAUCCGACGACCAAGGCGACGGGUCGCUCUGCAGCGUUAUGCGGUCGAACGUCCCCGUGGAGAUUCCUGAGGGGCGCAUUGAACAGGCCAUUCGGAGAGAACAGCUCGACGGACUUGCAAAAAUUCAAAGCGAAAUCCAAGGCAUUCAGUCUCUCUACGAGCAACUCGCCUACUACGUCGACGCCCAACAACUCGGCAUUGAUGGCGUCGCGACUCUCUUGGAUUCCACCAGAGACUCCUCGGACCAGGCCGCCCGCGAGCUGGUGCAUGCGCGUCGCCUGAGGUGCGCCGCCACACGCAGAAAGUGUCUCCUCUGGGCGUUCUUCGUCGUGGUGGUCGUCGUCAUCCUGUGGUUCCUUUUCUUUCUUCACUGA